AUGCCAGGUAAACUGAAACCCAACCCGCCCGGUGAGGCGAAACAGGAAGGUCUGGCCAAGUAUAUCAACCGCAUGAGGGCCGUGUUACGAAGGAGUUCGACCGUUAAGUCGAGCGAUGGGUCCAAAGUGCCGGAAUCUGGAAAUUCUGGACCAAGCCAAGCUGCAGCCCCUCAGAACCCAACUGCUCCAGCCCAGAAACCUCCCCCCAUCUCAUCUAAUGCGCCAUUUGUCAUCUCCCACUGGGGUUCCAUUCAGGAGGAGAAAACCCGCGCCCUCUUUGCUAAAUACGGCCUGAACCUGGAAAUGGGAGACUGGAAAUCGUCCGCCGACACGACAGUCCUGCGCGUGGCCAAGCCGAUUCGCAUGAGGGUUCGCCGUAGCUGCCACCGCUGCCAGACGGUCUUCGGUCCUGAUAAGACCUGUGCUAAUUGCCAGCAUGUCCGCUGCAAGAGCUGUCCUCGGCAUCCAUCAACCAAGCCCAAGGAUCAUACAGAAGCUGCUCUCCGGGCCAUACUUGCCCAGAAGAGUCAGAGCCAGGGUCGGAGCCAGAGACUUACUGCUACUACUGCUGCUGUUGCUCCGCGACGCAAAACAAAGGAACCGGUUCUCACGCUUCCAUCGCGCACCGGAGGCCAGGAUCUCAUUCGAAAGCCGGUGCGGCAGAGAAGUGUAGUGGUUGCGAACAUGUUCGAUGCAAGAAAUGCCCUCGAGACCCACCCAAACUGGAUAAAUAUCCAGAUGGAUAUCCUGGAGAUGCUGAACCUCCUGUGGAGCCACCCGCACGAACCUGGAGAAAGCCACGGCAAAGGACCCCAGAAGCAGAAACUAGAGCCAGAUCCGGAGAUUGUCCGAAAGGUCGAAGAGCGACUGGCGAGUGUCAAACUCACGGGGUGA